GUUCGACCUUGGGGCGCUCAACUUUCCGUCCUCCAGUAAAUCAUUCUAACAUUCUACCGCACAGGUGACAAAACAGUCUCCUUACAUCGUUAUGUCACUUGAUGACGAUAAUGUCCAAGCUGUUAACACUGAUUUUGCCCAAAAUGUAGUAUCUGAUCAAUCCGUAUCUGGUCGAGGUCGGAGUCACAGCACUGGUAGUGUUUCAAGGCCACUUAGUGCAGUCUGUGAUCAAGAAUCAGAUCCCACUCACUAUCCCAUUGCAGCCAAGCCAUGCCUAGUCCUCAGACCAUCCAGUUCAGCUGGCCCUAGACCUACAUCUACUAGUCAUUUAAAGUUUAUGGACUCAGGGUCGUUUCAACGAACACUUUGUGAUGUUGCUUCAUGUUAUGAACCCAGUAUAACUUGUACUAGUGAUGCAAUUACAAGUAGUAUCAAUAAAAGUAUCUAUUCUAAAUCAAAGCCAAGUGGUUCCUCUUCUCCACCAUCUACAGUUCAGAUAUCCUCUUCAACAUUGGGAACAAAGCGUAGACUCUCACAUAUCGAAUUCUCAGAUAAGCGUGGAAGUCAAUCUCGUAGCCCGCCUCCUUCAGUUGAUGCUAUCAAAGCUAUGAAUAAUAAUAUAAUCAAUAAUGUAACGAAUACAUGUAAUGGUAACAAUUUCAACGAACUGUCCAACACUGAUGAUAUUAUAAGUCCAUCUAAUUCCCCUGCACCACCUUUAGCUCAAGCUGUUGUCGCUGCAUUAAGACAACAUCAUAGUUUCUUCCGAUCAGCGACAAAUACAUCAGCUUCCUCAUCACAUUUCUCACCUGGUUAUUUAUCUGAUGACAAUGCUGAAGAUGAUGAUGAUGAUGAAGAUGAUGAUAGCGAUGCUGAUGACGAUGAAGAACAAGAAGUAGUAGUAGAUGAAGAAAAUCAAAUUGGUAAAGAUAACAAUAUAAAUGAAGAAUUUGAAGAUAAUGACUUUCAUAUUCACAAUCAAGAUUGUACAAUUGAUUUAUUGUCUGGAAAAUGUCAACAUCAACAUUCAAUUGAAGUAGAUGGUGAAAGUGGUUAUGGUGCAUCAUGUUCAUCGUCAUCAGUUAAACUUAAUCAUAGUUCUGGGAAUAAACGUGAUAAAAAACGUCGACGUAAUCGUAAUCAACAUAGAACAACUAGUAUUGGAACAGAUACAACAGAUCAUUUAUCAAUUGUUGGCGAUCAUCCAAGUGAUCGGAUAUUUGAAGCACAGAAUUCAAGAAGUGUAUCACCGCAUCUUCCUGGAAUUGCUUCAGAUUGGAAUAAACCUAGAUCAGAUGUUCGAAAUGGUAGUACACGUCAUAAACGAAAUCGUGUUCGAAUUUUAGACAAUACUACUGCAGCGCCAACAACACAUAAUUUACAAAGACAAAUCGCUGUUGAUCGUCCAUUCACAUCUGUUUUAUCGCAUAAUAAUAUGUACCAACAGCAUAAUAUAAACGAUUAUGAGAUAUUAAAUCAUCCACUUAGUCCUAUUCAUUUAGAUUCAUCACAACCACAUAGUAAUCGAAGUUCAUUUUGUAGUAAUAGUAGUAAUCGUUAUUAUUGUUGUACACAGCAUACUGCUUAUGGUGGCACCACUGAUUUUAAAUGUAUGUAUCCAUUAAUGGAUAAUAUCCCUAGUGAUUCAAUUGGCGUAAACUGGAUUUCAUUUGAUCCUAGUUUGCAAGGAAUCAAUAAACAAACUGAUUUAUCUAAUGCUUGUCAAACAAACCGUCCAACAAAUUGUAAUUUAACAACCAUUGAACCAUUAUCGACAUUAUCUUCUUCAUCAGAACCGGUACCACCACCACCACCGACCUUACCAGAUAAUAUACCGACUACAAAUUAUCAAUCAUCUUCUAAUAUGGAUUAUCCAAGCAUUGAAAUCACAGAAACAACAACCAAUAUCAGAAAUAAUGACAAUGAAAAUAAUAUUAGUAUCAUAAAUAAUGGAAAUAUACAAUCUACAAUCUCAGAUAAUCUUAACACUGUUGUUACAACAAAGAAUUCAAUGAAACAUACAAUGUCUUCAAAUAAUUCUUUAAUAAAUGCAUCAUGUUGUACUCGAUCGAAUUCAUGCAUACAUACAUCUAACAUUCCAUGUACAUUCACAAAUCACACUCAUGAUCAUUAUAGUAAUAGUCAUACAACAUAUCUGCCAUCACAACUAGAACGAAUGCAAUUAGGAAGGCGAUCAUCGACUAUUUCUACUUCUCAGUCGUCGUCGACAACAACAACAAUAAAUAAUGUCUGUCAUCACAGAUUUUCUUCAUUAUCAGGUCAACUGUAUAAUCAUGUUGUUUCUGGCAAUGGUGGUAACUAUUAUUUUUGUCCAAAUAAUAGUUAUAACAGUCACCAAUCGACAAAUUGUCCAUUGGUUCAUAAACAGAAUUAUCCACAUCACCAUCAUUCAAAUAGAGUACAUUCACUAGCCAAUUGUGAUUCACCACCUGAAUCCUGUCCUAGUUUUGCUAGACUACAUUAUCAUUCAGAUAAUGGAUCAGUUCAUGGACCGAAUGGUGUUAUGAAUCCUACAAGUAUUGGAAGAGAAUUUUACGAUGAUUCUGGUCUAGAUUUUAUGUCAUCAUCACCACCGCAUACGAAAUUAUUUUAUCCUCGCAAUGGUAUUGAUAGCCGUCAUUCAAUCAAUAGUUGCAUGAACCAAACACAAUUUCAAUCAGCAAACAUGGAACAGAGACGUUACUCCCUGUCAGCAUUGCCAUUUUGUGAAGUGAAUUUGGCAUCUCCAGUUGACACCUCAAGACAGUCAUCUCUUGGUAGACGUCGACGUGUUAGUCUACUAGUAGAUGGUGUUCGAUUUGUAAUUGAUGCUGAACUGCUUCAAGCUCAUCCUAACACAAUGCUUGGACGAAUGUUUAGUUCACAAUUUCUAGAAAGUAGAUAUUUGCAUGACAAUCUUAAUAAUACUAAUUAUCCUCAGUCUACAUCAAUGGAAAAUAGUCCACCAAGUGAUAGAAAAUCACAUACUACUAAUACUACCACACAUUCAUCGUCAUCAUCAUCAUCAACAAUUCAUUAUAAUUUCCAAACACAUCCACCAGAUAUUUCAAUUGCUCAAGAUUCAAAUAUUUCAGCUCAGGUAUUUCGUACAAUUCUUGAUUAUUAUCUUAUUGGUCGUAUGUCUUGUCCACCCGGUGUGUCAGUUCAAGAACUCAAAGAAGCAUGUGAUUACUUUCUAAUUCCAUUCAAUCAACAUACUGUAAGAUGUGAAAAUUUCCGAUCAUUUUUACAUGAAUUAUCAAAUGAUGGUGCACAUGGUAUAUUUGGACAAUUUCUUGAAACACAUAUUCUUUCAUUACUUGUCAAAUGUACUCAAUUAGGUGAACGUGAAUGUCAUAUUGUGAUUGUAACAGAUGAUGAAACGAUUGACUGGGAUCCAGACUAUCCUCCACAAAUGCCUGAUAAUGAAUUAAAUUCACAUAUUAUUUACAGUACACAAAUGUUUCGAUUUUUAAAAUAUAUUGAAAAUCGUGAAGUGGCUAAACAAGUAUUACUUGAACGAAGUCUUAAAAAAAUACGUAUUGGUAUUGAAGGCUAUCCAACUUGUAAAGAUCGAGUGAAAUUUCGUCCAGGCGCUCGACCGGAAGCAAUUUACAAUUAUGUUCAAUGUCCAUUUCUUCGUAUGUCUUGGGAAGAAGAAGAGAAUAAAUCACGUCAUGUAGAUUUUCAAUGUGUAAAGAGUAAAUCAGUGAGUGAUUUAACAACCGGUUUAGAACAAGCUGUCAUUGAUCCACUCCCUCCACAUUUAGUUCAUUCAAAUUUAAACAAUCAAUUUAGAACAUCAAUUCCAGACACUGUAGUCUCUACUGUAUCGUCUAAUUUUGAAACUCAAACUAGUAACAGUAGUAUUAUUGCUAGUACUACUGCUACUACUACUACUACUACUACUAACACUACUAAUACUACUAGUACCUUUAAUCAUGGUAUAAAUUCUGUAAGUUCAAAUGAAAUUAUCGAAUCUACCAGUGAUACUCCAGUUGAUAUUAUACAUGUUACCAAUAAUAAUGAUAAUGAUGAAGAAGAAAGUACAAUCUACCUGAAUCAUAAUACAUCACAUCUAUCUAAUCUAUCUGUAUUAACUUCAGAAUUAGGAUCAAAUUCAGAUGAACCAGAUUCUGCUACUCCAUUGUACAAUGCUUCUGAAUCAUAAUAUUUAAUGAUUAUUGUCUCUCUUACACAUAUUUCAACUGAACAUCACCACCAUCUAUCUUUUUGUGAUAGUAUCCAUUCAUUUCAACAACAACAAAAACAACACUACUUCAAAGAUAUUUAUUUUAUUUAACGUUUUUUUUUCGGUGAGGGGGGUGGUUGGGCUAUCUUGUUUGUUUGUUUUCUUUCAUUUAUAUGUGAACGCAAACAAUUCAAAUAUAUAUAUAUAUAUAUAUAU